AUGCACGGGGAGGUUUGCCACUUGCAUAUUGGGCAGGCCGGCACUCAGCUUGGCAAUGCCGCCUGGGAGUUGUAUCUCCUCGAACACGGCCUGAAGGCUGAUGGUCGACCUGAUCCCGAUGCCAACGUCGGUGAUCCUGGAGCCUUUGAGACCUUCUUCACCGAGACCAGCAACAACAAACACGUCCCUCGGUCGAUUUUCGUCGAUCUCGAUCCAUCCCCUAUUGAUGAAAUCCGAACUGGUCAAUACAGACAACUUUUCCACCCAGAGCUAUUGAUUAGUGGUAAAGAGGAUGCUGCAAACAAUUACGCUCGGGGUCACUACACCAUCGGCAAGGAGCUCGUAGAUGAUGUUUUGGACAAGGUUCGUCGCGUUGCAGACAACUGUUCCUCACUCCAAGGCUUCCUGAUCUUCCAUUCCUUCGGAGGAGGUACUGGAUCCGGCUUUGGCGCCCUACUUCUCGAGCGACUCUCGGUCGACUAUGGCAAAAAGUGCAAAUUGGAAUUCGCUGUCUACCCGGCCCCACAGGUGUCGUCGUCGGUCGUCGAACCCUACAACGCCGUUCUCUCCACUCACAGCACCAUUGAGCACGCUGACUGCACAUUCCUGGUGGAUAACGAAGCUGUGUACGACAUCUGCCGUCGCAGCCUGGAUAUUCCUCGACCCGAUUACGAGCAUCUGAAUCGCCUCAUCGCCCAAGUCGUGUCCUCUGUUACUUCAAGUCUCCGCUUCGAUGGUGCUCUCAACGUCGACUUGAACGAGUUCCAGACCAACUUGGUACCGUAUCCUCGUAUCCAUUACCCGCUUAUCAGCUAUGCUCCUGUCGUGUCCACCAAGCGAUCCUCGCACGAGAGCUUCAAGGUCCACGACCUGACACUGCAGUGCUUUGAGCCAAACAACCAGAUGGUCGUUUGUGAUCCUCACAACGGAAAAUACAUGGCUGUUGCCUUGCUCUACCGUGGUGACGUUGUUCCGCGCGAUACAAAUGCUGCUAUUGCCUCCCUCAAGGCCAAAUCAAGCUUCCACUUGGUCGAUUGGUGCCCCACUGGAUUCAAAGUCGGCAUCAACUAUCAACCUCCCAUGCCCGUUCCCGGUGGCGAGCUCGCCAAAGUCGACCGCUCCGUUAGCAUGCUGUCCAACACCACCGCCAUCGCCGAGGCCUGGAGUCGACUCGAUCAUAAGUUUGACCUGAUGUACUCGAAGCGAGCGUUCGUGCACUGGUAUGUCGGCGAAGGUAUGGAGGAAGGCGAGUUCUCCGAAGCUCGGGAAGACCUCGCGGCAUUGGAAAAGGACUAUGAGGAAGUUGCAAGCGACAGUCUUGAGGCAGAAGACGAGACUGGCGCCGAGUACUGA